AUGGCCUACAGCUGCUGCUCUGGAAACUUCUCCUCCCGCUCCCUUGGUCGCUGCCUGCCCUCCUCAGGUUCCUCCUGUGGCUCUUCCUACCCCAGCAACCUGGUCUACACCACUACCAGCUGCUCUCCCAGCACCUGCCAGCUGGGAUCCUCUCUCAGCAGUGGCUGCCAGGAGACCUGCAUUGAACCCACCAGCUGCCAGACUUCCUGUGUGGUGCCCAGCCCCUGCCAGAAGCCCUGCUACUACCCCAGGAGCUCCACACCCUGCAGUCCCUGCCAGGGGACAUAUGCUGGCUCUCUGGGCUUUGGAUCUAGGAGCUCCUGCUCCCUGGGCUAUGGUUAUAGAAGCUGCUACCCAGUGGGCUGUGGAAACAGUGGCUUCAGGUCUCUGAAUUGUGGAGUCUACGGCUUUCCCACAAGAUAUUACAGAUCUGCUGUCUGUACUCCACUUUCAUUCCCUUCUAGGGAUUUCUAUUCUUGUUACCAGCCAUUCUAUACAUCUCGCUUCUGUUGA